AUUGACGAAAAAGGAUGGACGUAACCGUACAUUUUAAAGAAAUUUUAGAGCAGAUGCAAAAGAAUCUUGAGUGUUCUAUUUGGUAGGUCUAUUUUAUAUUAUCUAUUUUUAGCACUUUCUUAUUAUUACAUUAUUUAUUUGGUAAAUUACGAGGACGACUGCCACAAUUUUAUCGAAUUUCACGAAUGUAUCCCUAAAUCGAUCCCUAUGCCUAACCUGAACUCUAAAUCGAUCCCUAUGCCUAACAUGAACCCUAAAUCGAUCCCUAUGCCUAACCUGAACCCUAAAUCGAUCCUUAUGCCUUAUGCCUAUGCCUAACCUGAACCCUAAAUUUAAAUAGGGACCUCGGUAUCGACCGGAAAUACCCGAAAAACGGGUAUCGUAUUUUCGUUGUCAUUUUGGCGACCUCUACUUUUUAAUUUACUGAGGGUAUCGUUUCGCGUUUCAUAAUCGAUAUUUAGCAUAAGGUUAUCAUAAUAAUAUAAUUUUACUUCCGCCAAUUACUUAAAGCCGACAUCUUUCCUGUUAUAUUAAGAGUUCGUUUGAUUUUUUGGGUCAAGAUUAAAGCUUUGAAAAUUGAAGUUAAAAAUUGGUCAACUUCACUCAAGAAUAACUUUUUUUUAAAAAUGCGCUCUUAAAUAAAAAUACUCCGCUCUUUUAGUUUAUAUGUUCAUUUAAAACAUAUCCAAAAUUCAUGAGUGUAGACCAUGGGUGGGCUUCAAAAACGAAUUUCCAAGAUGUCAUUUUUUUAGGCUAUGUAAUUUGUCAUCAUGGCCACCGUGCUUGUCUGCUUAUUUCCAAUUAUCGAUAGCAGCCGUGGGGUAAUUAAUAAUUCAUUAAGUUGGUUAUCCAGAGUGUAAAUGGGAAAUAUAACUAAUAAUAAAUCAUUUUAUAUAAAUAAAAAAUGUUUUAUAACAUAAAUAAUUAUUAUUGGCUUAUUGAAUAUCAGUGAUUUUAAUUUUUGGGUUGGUUGCCAUGGACCUGGCUGACACUGACAUGGGAAUGAUAAGCUCUUGUCUUUGACUUAGAUAGUGAUAGGCUUAGUUUAAGUAUUAUAAUAGUAUUUAUACUAUUAUAAAUGAUUUAAGGAGUGGGAUAAAUAGCUUUUAUUACAACUAAUAUAUUUAUCAUUUAUAUUAGUUUAUAUAUUUAUAGAUAAAUAUUUAUUUGUAUAUAUAUAAUAUAUAUAAUGACCAUUAGGCAUUAGGCUAGAGGCCUUGUAUACAUAUAAUAUAGUAUAAUACAAAGUAUACUAUAUCAGGGUUAAGGCCUAGACCCAACCCAACUAAUUUGUAGGGCCUAUUAUAAUAAAUUAUAUUUAAUGAUAUUUUAGGAUAUGUAAUAAAAUUUUAAUGAAUAUUGUGAUUCUUACUUAAGGCAUAAACUAAGUAAAACAUUUUGAAAUAUUCACUUACCUUUGGUAUUGAAAUAUCCUAUAUUUAAUCACAUAUCACAAUAUUCCACAAGAGAAUUAUUAUAUAAUCCUCGGUUUCUCAAAGAAAAAACACACUUUCUGGCACUACAAUCCAAGAAUUACUUAAGAUAUAAUAACCUGUACUUACCUCUAGUAAAUGACUAGAACUUAUUUUAUUAACAGCUAAAGUCAAAGUUGAGUCUAAUAAUACAUGUGGAUUUGUAAAACAAGAUUACAAACUUAAAAUAAAUGACAUGCUGAUUGUUUUGUCAUACUCAUAGGAAUAAUAUAAUAUAUAGUAAACAUAUGUAGAAAAUGGUAAAAUAAAAAGUGUAAUUGUCAAUUUUAAAUAAAUAAAACAAAUAAUCCCUUUAUUAUUUGUUUAUGCUUAUAAAUGCUAAACAAUUCCACAGAAAAUCUGCAAUUAAUAUCUAAAGAAUAUUAUUAUUAUUAUGAUUGUUGGGAAAUUAAAAACAAAAUUAAGACAAAAUUUUAAUUAAUUAAUUACAAAUAAGUGAUGAUUCAGCAUUUUUAUACAUUUUUAAUAGGCAAAUAAUAAAGUUUUUUUUAAAAAUAUUUGCGGCACAUUAACAAAAACUAAUGUAUAUUUUGUGGCUUUAUUUAGAAGUACUCUUAUUUAACUAUGUUCCCUGUAAUUAUUAUAUUUUUGUCUCAUUUUAUAAUAAAGUUAUAGGCGUUUAAAAAAAAGCAAAAUGAGGGUCACAAAUGUGGAGGCGGAGGCAAAUCCCAUAGUAAAAAAGUGGUUUUGAGGUCCCUACUAAAAAAUUCAUAACUUUUGAACCACUUGAGCUAGAAAGUUGAUCGUUGUGUUUUUGUAAUCUAUUCUCCAGGCUCUAUACAGCUGUAGUAUUUUUAUAUUUUUAAAAAUGUUUUAAAAUUUUCAUCAAAGUGGCUAAUUUAAAUCUAUCCCUCAACCUAACCUAAACCCUAAUUCACUGCAACUAUACUGUAAUAAACACCCAAAAGAUGCCGUGGCAUUCGUCCUCAGAUUUAGCCCAUUCAUUAUUUACUACUAAACUACUACUUACUACUACUUAUUAACUAAGUAUACUACUACUACUUUACGUUACAAUACAUAUACUAACUACUAAAUGUCUAAACUGAAAGACUCAAGACUAGGUAGGCCUAAUAACAUAAAAACUAACUAAUUAAUUAACUAAUGGCCUAAAAUCGCCAUCACUAUAUCAUUCACUAUAUGUAUGAUUACAUUUUGAAAUGUAAUAGUAAUAGGUUAGUAUAGUAAUAAUGUUGAUUAUGUGAUAAGAGAAUAAGGCUAAUGCAGAGAAUUGGUGCCAUUAGUAUUAGUCAUUAGGGAUACAUUUUGGCUUAAGGUUCACGUUGUGACUGGUGACAAUUAGAAAGCUUAAAAAUGAAUAAAAUAGUAUACAUUAUUUUUAAAUUUUAAAAUAUUGCUGGUGACAAUGGCAUGUUUUUUGUCAUAAUGGCGAAAAAGCAGGAAAUGUCGAUUAGAUUGUGCAUCCCCACAACAACAUAUUGAGCCCUGGGAAGCGACAAUUAUUCAAUGAGCUCAACUCAACCCACCCAGUCACUUCAUAUUGAUUAUUGAUAAGAUAAUAUUCUUUUAUUAAUUCAAAUAUUUUUUUUAAAUCACAUUGUACAUAUUCAUUUCAGCACAAAUAUAAUAUUUAUUCUUACUAAGACAUUUUUAAACUAGAGCAAUUAAAACUUAAAAAAUUUAAUUUAUGAAAAUAAAAUAAUAUGUUAUCAAAGUUUUCCCCUUGAGGCCAUGGUGACAAUGGAGGAGAGUGAUGAGAAUGCAGCUGGAGCCAAAUUGUCUUUUCUGUUUGCACACAUCCACAUAUGUCAUACAUUCUAUUUUUCUUUGGUGAUUUCUGAAUGGGUCUUUAUUAUGACCAAUGUAAUAGUAUGAACUAAAUAUUAGACCUUAACUUCUGUAACUUUAAUAGAGCAUUAUCAUAACACUUACAAAACAUUAUGUAACUUUAGCCUUAUUUACAAAACAUUAUGUAACUUUAGCCUUAUUAUUUGAUGUUCUAAUAAUAACUUAUUCUUUUUUGUCACAGCCUGGAACUUCUAAAUAAUCCAAUAUCAACAAAAUGUGAACAUCAGUUUUGCAGGUAAUGAUUUAUUCAUCUUAAAUUUGGAAUGGAAAGUGUUGGAACUCAGAUUAAGUUUGCAAGUCUUAGCCAAAAAUUAUUUGGAAUUUUUUAUACAUGUUGGAGUGUAAAGAACAAUUGUCAAAAUUAAUACAUUUGCUCAACUAUAGAGCCACCCCAUUGUACAAUUAUACUUCUUCAAUGUAAUAAAUGGUAUGAUUAAUAGACUAAACCAUUUUGAAAAGUGUGAUACAUAUAUGAAAUACAAGUUUCUAUGUUUCAUAUUACUUUUUUUUUUAACCCAUGAACUGUCAUAAAGGCUGAUAAUCAGUUAUGGGGGCCACUGUUGUGCUACUGUCUUAAUAAAAUUAAUAUCAUAAAUGAAAAUCAUAAAUUUUAAUAUUUUUAAAGGGGUAGAGGGAGAUCUAGUUUUACUUACUUCCUAAUUUACAAUGUCAGUCUUAGUGACUUUUUUCUAGAUUUUUUCAUUGUAUAAUUUUAGUGACCCUGAUGCUGGUCCUCCCAAACUAAGGCCAAAUGUUUUUGGUAAUAUGGGGGAGAGACUGCAAUCAGGUUAGGUAAGAGGAAAUAAGCAAAACAAAUAAUGGGAAAACCUGAAAAAAAAUGACGCAGCAAAACAAUGAAUGCAUUGGCAAGAAGCCUUCUUCAGCAAUCCAACAGCAGUAAAAACAAUACAGUAUAAAAUAAAAAAAUACAUUUAGUUGCAAUAUAGUAUCCAAGAGGACAGCUAGAGGAAUGUGAAAUAACAUAAGUGGGUGAGAGAGUUAAUACAGGCAAAAGGGGACGAAGGAGAUAAAAAGUAAGUUCCUGCGAUUGGUCCUAACAAGGAGGGGGCAGAGAAAUGGUUUAACAAGUGAAUGAGUAUAUUCAACAUUUUCUAUUAGUUUUGGGUAUUUAAGUGUAUAAUAUCAAAAUUACUACAGAUUUAAAGGGUUCACACCACAGCAUGUUUGCACGGGUGACACAGGUAUGCUGAUGGCUGUGGAUUUAACUGUAGACUCUAACUAAAGCAAAAAUAGAAUGCUGAAGUUAGGUAUAUCGAUACCCUCUCGCGCAUACCGUUUGCGCAUGACCGAAAACUGACGGAAAACUCUUGUGGCAAUAUAACAGACGGCUUGGCGAGGCUUUCGUUUUUUUGCUUUUCACGUCACAGUUUUCUAAUAAUAAAUUAUUUAGUCAUCAGUGACGUAGAGCGCAUAUUUUUCUGAGCAAGCUGGUACCAUUUUACCACAUUGUAAACAUUGUGACCGGCAACGCGUUUCAUUUCAUACAGAGGUAUGUACUUAAUAGCUUAUUACUUUUUUGUGUAAAUUCGUACAACAAAGUUGUUUACCUGUACCAAUGCUGUGAUCCUUCCCACAAAAUAAUAACUUUACUUUGUAAUGAUAGGUUAUUGCAACAAAAAGUUAUGAAUUUUCAAAAAAAAAUUUUUAAAUGUGUAAGAAAAUUAAAAUAUAUCAGUGGUAACCCCCCUUUAAAAAAAAAAUGGGUUAUCGGAAAGGGCUAUUCUUGUCUUAUCAAUUAAAUAUAAACUACAGAGAUGUAAUGUAAUAAUAUAAUAACACAAUAAUAAUGAGCAUUGCUUUACUUUAUUACUAAUAAAAUUAAUAAUAUUACUAUUAUAUAAUUAAUAAUAUUAUUCCAAUUUAACCAUGUCCUAUAUUUCUCUAUAAAAAUAUUUUUACCAUAAUCAUCUAACAAUGUGGGACCAUAAUUUAAUACUUUUAAUUAUCAAUAAGAUAGUUUUAUUACUUUAGAUCAUUAGUAAUCUUUGAACGUCGAAAUAAAUCUAAUAAAAUUAGUAAUUAGUAAAAGUAUUAUAAAAUAUUACAGAAACUGAUAUGAUGAUUAAAAUUAUAAAAAUUCCAUUGAUUGAUGAAGCUUGUUUUUUUUUUUUUUUUUUUUUUUAAAUUUAAAGGCCGAGAAUUGUAUAUUAAUAAUUAAAAUGCAAAAUACAAUAAAAAUAGUUAGUUAAAUAGUAAUAAAUUUAACUAAGUAUAAGUAAUAAAUAAACAUUAACAUGAUAUUAGGCUUAGUUAACUUAGUUAAAGACCAGACAAGUCAUAAAUAAAUAAAUAAAAUAUGAAAUGUAAUUUUAAGAAUAAUCUUUUUAUAGUAUAGUAUAGUAAAAAUGUAGUAAUGUAACAUUUUGAAAAUAUUAAUUAAUAAUAAUAAUUGUUAUGAUUUAUAUUAUAAAUUACGCAAAAUUGAAAGUAAAAUUAUUGCUAUAUUUUCUUUUGAUUUUUUCCCCAGCGAAAUCAAGAAUGUCUGUAACUGUUACCCUUCAGGAUUUUGAUCAUUUGGUGGCAAGCUUUGCCCAAGAUGUAGCCACUGGCAUGUAUAAGAAUGGCUACGGAUUCUAUUUCUAUACCACCUGUGCCAACAAGAAAGAGGGCAUGAUUGCUGCAGUGUCUGCACUUGAUGAGGUCUUUAUUAAGAAAGAUCUCAACUAUGUGUCAAAUAAGAAUGGAAUAUGUACUAAGUGUCAAAAAUUGUUUACCGAUAUCUUAUCUUUAAAAAAGCAUUUCACUCUAAAAUGGAUGAGAAUCCAGGAUCUUUUGUUUCAGCCUUUUAGUGCGCCAGUUUCCAAGGAAAAAAGAUUGUGCCUUCCAGCUCUUCUGAUGCUGCAACUCCAUUAACAGAUGAAAUGUUUCUUCCACAGGUAGCUCAGCAGGAAUUAAAGGCUCCACCAACACUUAAGAAGUUGCGCACUGAUUGUAAUCAAUGCCACUCCAUAAGGCAAGGGUGUACAGCCUGGUGCCAGUUUUUUUUAAAUAAGGUGAAGGUUGUUAAAUGUAAAUUAAAUGCUAAGUCACUUCACAGGUCCCCUGAGAUGAAAGUGUGGACUCAGACCAUAAAGAGGAAGACGGUAAGGGUUGAGACACUAAAGCGAGAGAAGACAACACUGAAGACCAAGGUGCUGCACUUGGAACGAUAACUGGGAGCAUCAACAACCAAUAUGGAGAAGUGCAGUCUUCUGAGCAGAAGGAACCACAUACAGGUAAAUAUUAUUAGUAUUGGUUUAACCUUUAUUGUCAGUAAUUUAUUUACAAACUUACCAUUAACCAUGUCCCAUGUUGUUGUCUUUUGACUCAAUAUUUGAAUAAUUUAAUUAAUAAAAUUUCUAUAUCUCUUUUCAGGAUGUUUUCAGAGUCCCAUCAAAUAAGUAGUAGCACUGAUUUCUUUCUUUAUUUCAUGUAAUUAGUUUAUUUUGUGGACCAUUGAUUUUAAAAAAUAAUAAAAUUUUAAUAAUUUUUCUUUUCAGGCAUUUUCAAGUUCCCUACAGAAAAUAAAAUAACUAUAACUAAAAUUUUAUUUGAUGUUAUUACUUGCCAAUGGAAUAAACCUGCAAUUUUUUUGUUUUUAAUGAAAAAAUUAUUAAAAUUUAAAAAAAUAAAAUAAAAUUUUACUUUUUUUUUUUUACUUUUUAAUAAUUUUUCUUUUCAGGUAUUUUCAAGUUCCCAACAGAACAUAAAAUAACUAUAAUUAAAAUUUUAUUUGAUGUUAUUACUUGCCAAUGGAAUAAACCUGCAUUUUUUUUUUCAUGUAAAAAUUAUUAAAAUUUAAAAAAAAAUAUAUAUUUUUUUUGUUACUUUCCUUGCAUAAUCAUUUUUAAAAAUAAAUAUUUAUUUUAUAAUGGCAAAAUUUUGUUGUUCAUUGCAUUGUAUAUUGCACUGAGAAUAUGUACUGAAAAUUUGGUAUCAUUAUUUCGAAAAAUAAAAAAUUUAUGUGGAAAAAAGUGGAAAAAAAUUAAAAGUGGGUCACAAGUUUUUUUGGCCGCAUAUAUAGCUUAUAUAGGGGCAUAAAAAAUUCGACAAAAAAAAACAUAACUCCAGUUCUAUAAAAGAUAGAAUGAUGAAAUUGGUGUUGUUAAAAAGCUUAUAGGUAGCCCUUUAAAAUGGUGUAUUAAUCAUUACACUCAGACAAUAUUUAAAUUUUGUGUCAAAGUACCUACUGAAGUCAGAUGUAUUAAACUUUCUGCUACUGUUAUCAAAAUUUAAACAAAAUUGAAACAAGUACAACUGUUGGAAGUUUAGAACAUUGUAUGUUUCAUUAUUAUAUUUAUUGUAAAUAAUUAAUUGUAUUUAUAGUUUUUAAAUAACUACUAUUUGCAGAUUUUGUAUUACAAAGUUUCUUCAGAAUAAGCGAUCAGUUCCAUGCCCUUUAUGCAAGAAACAAAUAACUAAAAGGUGACCAACUACUUUUUAACUUUAUAAGCUAAAGCAUUCUAUACAUAUCAGGGGCAAGGCUGUAAAAAGAAAAAGCUGAACCCAAGGCAAAGGUUCAGGUUACGUUACCUCUUCUCAAAAAAAUUAUAUAUCAAUACACAUAUUUUGCUUGAAAAUGAUGAUUUUUGGCGCCCUCUGUGGCGGCCACCUUCAUGUCCCCCUUUUUCGAAAAGCCCUAAUUGUAAAAAUAGUUGUUGAAAAUUAGAAUCACAGCCUCUCUUCAAUUGCAUCCAAACAAGAUUAUCAAGUAAUCGACACUGAAUAUUUUUUUAUUUUUAAAAUUUAUAUUUGGCGGUGGCUGCACUACUAAUGAUCUACUGCUGGAAAAUAUGAUAUAAGAUAAAUAGUGCUAAAAGAUAAAGUCAUUUAUAUCUUUGUAAAAUAAUCUAAAAAGAUUCAGAGUGAUAUACUUCAAGGACAUACUUUAUUGAAUUAGUUCUCUUUGAGAAAGCUUGGCUUUGUCAACAAGACACAGCAGCCUACAACUAAUUUAGUUUCAACUUUAAUUAGACAGAAUUAAACUUAAACCUACAUACAAUUCAUGAAGCAAUUUUCCUUUUGAUUUUUAUUUAAUUGAAUGAAAUGAAAGGGCUUUCUGGUGUAGUCAGUAAUUAAUUGUUAAAAUUUUACAUGUAUGACAUAAAAUAGUGUAGACAGGACGAUAAAAAUUCUUUGAUAGCCCUAUAAAAUACAAUGAGAUCCUAAUAACAUAAUUAAAUCUUACAAAUCAAAGGUUUUAAAAAAGUGUGAAUUAUCAUAAUUCGUUUUGCAUAAUUUUGUAUUCAUUGUUUUUAUUAAGAUUUUGUCUUUUUUUUUACUUACAGAGGCUUUCAAGAGAGAAAUGAUCUGGUUGCUGUUGUUAAUAAUUUAAAAUUGCUCAUCGCUGCCUUUGAACAGGACUCUGGGCAAAAAUGUAAAGAAAGAAUGGUGUUGCUGUUGAAUUGUAUUCCUUACUAAAUUUUUUAUUAAUGUUGUAGCAAGUAGUCUGACAAUUACUUCUCUUUUGGAAAGAGCGAGUCGCUAUAUAAAAAAACAUGAAUGGUGUUCAUAUAAUUAGCUCAUUGAUGCUUAUGACAAAACUAAGGCAAAUAGGAAGCCUGGAGGCACAGUCCAUAAGAAUCAGGAGAUACAGUCAUUAAGCCUCAGGUCAAGAAUGCUGAAGAUCUAGUGUUAAGAUCCCAGAAACAAACAUCCCACAUAUGUGAAGCGCACUAGUCAUUCCCCAUACGUGAAACAGACUAAGUUGUUCCCCAUGUUUGAAAUAAUACAUAUUCACAGGGUAAAGAAAAACCUGAUGAUACCCUAUGCAUAUUUUUAAUUGCAUUCAACCUGAAUGAAUUGCAUUCAACCUGAAUGAAUUGCAUUCAACCUGAAUGCUGUCCUCCCUCUAUUACAUAUAAAUAAACAAGCUCACUGGUGCACUCACCAAGCAACCAGAGUUUAUACGGGCUGGUCGUGUUGGCAUAAAGCUCAGUUUUCCUCAUGCAUGAACAAUGUAUUAAAUAGAUCUAAUCCAGAAUAUUGACUGCUACCUGUCAAAAAAAAAAUAGAACAAGAAAAAAAAAGUUUAGGAUGUUUUUUCUCAUGUUAUUUUAGUUUAGAUUAUCGUUUUAUAUUCUGGCCUUGAAUGCUGCAGGCGUCCUGUUUUAAAACUAAUAACAUUUUAAAAAAAUUUUUAUUUAUUUACAAAUUUUCAUAGCUAUAUAAUAAAUACCUCUCUUGUAUUUUGAGUUUAAAAUGUUUGAACUUUUUACAAGUUUAGAAAUAUAAUUUGCUUUUGUCUCAUUUUAAAAAUAUUAUUUUCAGGUUCUCCAACUCAAGGUCCACAAAAAUGUUACCCUUCUACACCAGAUGACCUUAGUGAAAGCGCUUCACGUUGCAAUUACCAAAAGGUGAUUUUUAAACUUUAAAAAUAAAAUCUUAUCACUGACAAUUUCUUUUUUUAAAAAUCAUUUAUUUUUUAUUUAUUACUUUGUUUGAAAAUUAUAAAUACAAUAAAUAAUUUAAAGCAUAAUAAAUAUACUGAUUACAUAUCUUCUUCAAAAUGUGAAUUUUUUUGUACUUGUAUUUUCCACUUCAUCAGAAUGGAGAAUCCACUAUCUCUCGGCAGGAAGAAAUAUCUAUAAAAGAAUCUUGUCUUAAUACGGUGACUAAGGAAAUUCCAUUAAAAAAAUUGGACCAUUUAAAUGAUAGCACAAACAAACAGGACAGAAAUGUUCGCCACACAACCAGGUCCCGCAGCGUGAAAGCCAAGACAAAUGAUGAAGAUCCGACUUUAAAAGAAGACGGACACAGAAAUCAUUCCGCACAUGAACUAAAAGAAGAUAAGAAUACUAAGGGAAAUUUUGCCUCCUCUGCCAAGGAAAAAAACAAAGAGGAUAAUUAUGAUUUGCUGCAGUAUUUAGAAGUUGGGUUGUGUGGAGCCAAUAGGGAUGGUGGUGAGCAAACAAGAACACUUUCAAAAACUGCACAAAUUACUUCAGGAGUGACCAACUAUGAUCUCCACGCUGAUGAAAACACAUGCAUUAAAAAUAGAUCAAAUAAAAAAUCCAAAUCAAAUCAGUCAAUUUCAAAUGUAGAGUUGAAUAAAUCACUUCCUAGUAGAAAAUCAAACAGAUUGUCAUCUGGGAAACCUUCUGACGUAAAUACCCAUAUUGAUCCCACUUUAGAUGAAAAUGUGGCAGAAUUACCAACGCAACAGAGUGAAACUCUUACACAACAGAGCUGUCCUUCCUCAAGUGGUUCUAGUUUGUCAUCUACCCUUCAACUCUCAAAACCCAUGCCUCCCAUCUCCUGGACUUACACCAAACGAAUGCAGCAAGUGUUUAGAGCUGAAGGACGUGUCAGAAACUGGGUGGACACGUUGCCCAAAACAAAUGUCACACUUGAAACUAAACAAGUAGAAAUAAAAGCCUUAACAACCAAAGAGAAAAUAAAUGCCAAAAAGAGAACAAAAAGAAGUCUAUGUCUGUCAGGGAAUCCGGCAGCUCACAGUAUCGAUGGAGAUGAUAUUUUGACUGCAUUAGAUACAGAAACAGGGUUCAUUGUUGAGCAUCCUGUAAGACUGCUACCAAGAAGAAAGUCUAUUUUUAAGAGUCAUUUAGAAGAUAAACAAGAGAAUGAAAAAGUUGUUGAAAAAAAUGUUACAAUAAACGAGGAAGCUGAUCCUUACGAGUUCAGGGGUCUCACACCCUUGGAGACAAGUAAGAUUUCUAAGAAAGGCAAGGUAUCUAAAAUAGUGAACGAAGGGGGCAAGCAUUUUCCACUGGAUUUAAAGCAGAAGUCAACUUCUGAAGGUGACCAGUCAAAGGAGAAAAAAAGAAAAUAUG